UCCAGAGCGUUGUUUAAAUCGCAGCUAACCAGCAAAGGCGAUUAGCUCGCUGACUAACUCGCGGCGGCGUUAUUUAUGAAUUAUAAAAUCGUUAAACGACCAAGUCAACACUUCAGUCAUUUGCUUGUUGCGCGUUCGAGUUGAAGUGGUGUUCUCGAAAGAAUAACGUUUGCGGAUCUUACAAGUGUCUAUACACAUACGUUCAGUACCACUUUUAAUAUUACUUCUAUUAGAAAAUAGAAAUAACUGCAAAUUAACUCCUACAAGUGAAUAAUACACAAUAAGUAUAGCAAUUGUAACUUUAUGGUUCAACACACCUUUGAAUGAGAAUAUAUACACAUGUACUUACUUGAAUAAAUGAAAGUGAAAAUGCCACAAGAUACAAUGUCAGAACGUCAGAAUCAGGCCACCAGUGAUAUUACAGACAAAUACGGACUUUCCAUUAAGCCAGCUGCAACGUUCACCAAUGUUGCAUUCACCAACGAUGAACAUGGUGCGGAGACAAUAUUUCGGCGAAAGAGUGGUAAUGCCAAUGGUCUACAAUUGGCGGAGAGCGGCAAUGCCAAGGAAGCAACUGCUGCCGCACUACCCCCUAUGGACUUCGAUGACAUCCUGCCAUUGAUUGGAGAGUUCGGAAAAUAUCAAAAAAUUCUAUUCCUGCUGAUGAUACCGUUCGCCACAUUUGUAGCCUUCGUUUAUUUUUCGCAAAUUUUCAUGACUCUAGUGCCAGAGCAACAUUGGUGUCAUGUGCCAGAACUAGAAGAGCUCACUGUGGAAGAGAGAUUGGCACUCUCAAUACCGAGAAUGCGCGGAAUUCGGGAGUACGACAAUUGCAAGAUGUAUGAUGUGAAUUACACGGAAGUGUUGGCCAAGGGCAUGCGCAAGGCGGAUCCGAGUUGGCCGGUAUUGGCUUGCCGUCAGGGCUGGUCAUACAACUUCACAGAUUACCCCUACCCCACGGUGGCAACCGAACAGGAUUGGGUUUGCGAUCAUGAUGCGCUGCCAACAUAUGCCCAGUCGAUAUUCUUUCUAGGGGCGAUUGUUGGCGGCCUACUGUUCGGCUGGAUCGCAGAUAAAUUCGGUCGUAUACCUGCAUUAGUUGGCUGUAAUUUGAUUGGCUUUGCAGCUGGUGUAGGCACUUCGUUUACAAGAAAUUUCUGGCAAUUUGCCUUGAUGCGGUUCUUUGUGGGAUUCGCGUUUGAUAAUUGCUUCACAAUGAUGUAUAUCCUGGUUCUAGAAUAUGUUGGGCCUAGGUAUCGGACAUUCGUCGCCAACAUGUCGAUUGCAUUAUUCUUCACUGCAGCGGCUUGCAUUUUACCUUGGAUAGCGUAUUUCAUUGCAGACUGGAAGCUGUUUGCCAUCGUUACAUCUGCCCCGCUUAUUUUGGUCGUACUGACACCUUUCGUAAUACCAGAAUCUGCAAGAUGGCUUGUAUCACAGGGUAAAGUGGAUAAGGCUGUAUCUAUACUGAAAAGACUUGAAAAAGUUAAUGGCAAACACGUACCCGUGGAAACAUAUCAAACAUUCAGCGCUAGUUGCUUGAAGUUAAAGCAAGAAGAAACAAAAAAUAGCAGUUAUUCCAUACUAGAUCUAUUUAAAACCCCGCGAUUGCGUCGAACCACACUUCUACUUAUUGUCAUUUGGAUGGCAAUUUCAUUGGUGUUCGAUGGCCAUGUGCGGAAUGUAAGCUCUCUGGGUGUAAAUGUGUUUUUCACCUUUACUGUGGCUUGCUUCACAGAGUUUCCAGCCGAUACCAUUCUAACAGUCAUUUUGGACAGAUGGGGACGCCGUUGGCUGGCAUGUGGUUCUAUGGUGGCUAGUGGUAUUUUCAGUUUGUUCGCAACACUUGUACCGCCAGGCAUUUAUUUUGCUUCAUUUGCCAUUAUGGGUCGCUUUUUUGUUAACAUUUCAUACAACAUUGGCCUGCAAUAUGCAGCUGAGAUCCUACCCACCGUUGUGCGAGCACAAGGAGUUGCCUUCAUUCACAUUAUGGGUUAUGUAGCUAGCAUAAUAGCCCCCUUUGUUGUGUACUUGGAGAAAGUUUCACCGGUUCUUCCACUGGUAAUUCUGGGUGUUCUAGGUAUCAUCGGUGGCCUGCUGGCGUUACUGCUUCCUGAAACCCUUAACCAUGAUCUACCACAAACACUCACAGAUGGUGAAGAGUUUGGGCGUGGUCAGAGUAUUUGGGAUUUUCCAUGCUUGACAAAGAAAGUGGAUGAACCUAGGAACUUGGAAGAACGACAUCAAAAUUUUGUGCGUUCAACGCAAACGGGUGCUUCUCUACGAUCUUCAACUCGUGGAGAAUUGCGAUCGAGUAUAUUAAGGAGGUCCGUGAAUUCCCGAUACUCAUCAAAGCUUUAAACGCGCUAUUAAUUAUUUAAGUUACAACAAUUAGCAAUAAUUUAUCAUAAGUAUCUUUGAAGCAAUGCUUCCUAACUAUUGAACAAGAAGUUAAUUGAGUCCAUAAACUUGUGAUAUUAGUAAUAAUUUAUGCAAAUGUAUGUACAUGCAUGUAUAUAUGGAAGCUACUUUAAUAAAUUAGAAAUCUUACCAUUGGAUUAAGGGUAUACAAUAUUCAAUAAAAUAUUUAAGAAAUAACUCAAAUUUACAUUUCAUUCAAACAUUCGAAAAUGUUUGGAAUUUGUUAUUUUUAUUAAACUAUGUAUAUCUACUUAAAUAUAUGUACAAAAACAUUUAUCGCCUUUUUCUGCCCACAGCUAUUUUCUUACCAGGUGCUCGUUGGCCACGCCCACCUUUUGGCUUUCUGCCGCCCUUGCCGCCUUUGCCACCUUUUCCCUUCUUCCCCUUCUUACCUUUCUCAAUAGGGUUGGACUCUCUC